AUGCUUGGGAUAUCUCAAGCUAAUGUUGACGCUAAUCUAGAAUCAAAACGCAUGGCUCUAGAGGCUACUAUUGGUUACCCUGUUGACAUCAUAAUAUUCAAUGAUACAGCGGGAAGGCAGUCUGCUAAAAUACUUUGGGUCAAACCAACAACAGUAAGACAGAUACAGCUUCUUGUUCGUGGGGCCAACAACCUAAACCUUAAAAUGCGUGUUGUUGGAGCGGCUCAUACAUUUUCUGCCUUGUACCCAGACCCCCUCCAAAUAGGAGUGAGCCUUGAUGACUUUCGUGGAGAGAAAUAUCAUCUAAAUGAGAAAAGGGACAAAUUGACGGUUCUGUCAUCUGAGAGACUUGAAGAUGUUUUAAAGUGGGCAGCUGGGAAGGGGGUGACAUUCGGUCCCGUCCCAGAUGCAUUGGUAUCCACAAUCCCCGGUAUCACCGCUACAAGUAGCCAUAGCACGGGUGUACACUUUGGACCUUUCGCUAACAUGGUUUACGGAUAUGAGUUAGUAGAUGGAAGUGCCAAUGUCAGGAAGAUUAACGAAGAUGACAACAAGGAGAUCAUUGAUGCAUGCAGGGUCCAUCUAGGCUUAUGUGGUAUCAUAUACAAAACAGUACUAAAGGUACUACCCGAUAGGAUACAAAGGCUUACGAUUGCCAACAUUCCCAUCAAAAAACUUCUUGACAAUGAAAAUCGCAAGAACCUCGUUAUUAACAACUUGGGAGCGCAAUUAAACCUUAACUACGACUUUAAAUCAGCUACGGAAAAGGAAAUGGAAAAAAUGUUAGCAGACCCAUUAAGGAGGAUACCAGACAGUUAUGAUAUAUUUAAGGAAGAGAUGAGACUUUGGUUAUGGAGUGAUGUUGAUCAAAAUACACGGUUACGUGACAUAUACAAUGACACGAUCACCUUAGCCGAUGGGUCCGAAUAUGAUGCAGUGUCGGUUAUAAAACCAUUUUCUGCAACAAGCACUGGGCUGCUAAGUAAUUCCAAAUAUCAAUGUUACCAAUUCAGAACUUCAGUGUCGUUCGCAGCACCUGAAUCUGAUGAUUUCACAGAAAGUAACAAAACAAUAAUGAAUCACCUGACCAUACUCGAGGACAUAUUCAAAGAUGUUGGAUUUUACCCUCACUUUGGAGGAAGCUGGAUUCGCUGGAUGAAACAUUUUGAUAACUGCCUUUUGUGCACAACAAAGGUGGCGGAUGAUAGCUCCAAAUACAGAUUAGUAACAUUUACUGAAAUGAGCACUGAUUUUGAUAAAUGCGAAGAACCAUUAAUUAGUGAAGAACAUUCAAUGAAACAAAUAUUAAUGGAAACGCAGUUUGGAGUUAGUACGAUGAAGAACAACCCUCGUGUCGUGCCACAUUGGGCAAAACACUUUCAACACAUACCUGGAACAACAGAUCAGAUAAGACGCCAUUUCGGAAAUGAUCUUCGGACAUUUAUUAACUUGCGCAACAAAUAUGGCCUAGAUUACAAAAACCUGUUUCUAAACAAUCACCUGAAGGAUAUAUUUAGAGAUGCCUUUGUAAAAUUUCUAUAACAGCUUGAUGUAUAUGUAUUGAUAACUUAAUAAAUACUCCGUCUUGAGAAUGUCACGUCCUUGGCAUGAUGUACAUGUACGAAAAUUUCGUUCUUUGUAUGCUCAUCUCUAUUCUUUCUAUUUCUAUUCUUCUAGUUCUAAAAAGGCGGUCGAAAAGAUUUACGUCCAAUCCGUCUACACACA